CCCCCCAUCCCGCAGGAUUUCCCAUUCCCAGCCCCUGGGAGGCUGUGAGGAAGAGGAAGAUGCCCCGGGACAGCCAGGCAGAGCAGGAGCUGAGGAUGGAGAGCAGGGAGGACAAAUCCCCACGGCAGAACCUCGUGGAAGAGGCCGUUUUGAGCAGCUCCACAGUGCAGGAACCCAACGGGGAGGAAAAGCCCCGGAGAUGCCGCACGAGGAACGGCUGCAAAUGCAGAUCACGGGGAUCUGAGGAGGAAAGACCCAGCCUGGGCUGGGGAGGCGGCCGGAGAUGGAGCCAGAGCUCGGAGCUGGUGGUCCCUGAGCAGCUCCAGGAUGGGGAGAAGCCCCAGAAGUGCUUGGAGUGUGGGAAGAGCUUCAGGUACAGCUCCCAGCUGAUUGUGCACCAGAGGACCCACACUGGGGAGAGGCCCUACGAGUGUGGGGAGUGUGGGAAGAGCUUCAGCCAGAGCUCCAACCUGCUCGUGCACCAGAGGACCCACACUGGGGAACGGCCCUACGAGUGUUCUGAGUGUGGGAAGGGGUUUAAGACCAGCUCUGAUCUCCUCCUGCACUACCGGAGUCACACAGAGGAGAGGCCCUUCUGCUGCCCCGACUGUGGGAAGGAAUUCAAGCAGAAGUCAAACCUUGUCAGGCACCAGAGGGCCCACACUGGAGAGAGGCCCUAUGAGUGUUCCAAGUGUGGGAAGAGGUUUCAGACCAGCUCCGAUCUCAUCAAGCACUAUCGGGUUCACACGGAGGAGAGGCCCUUCUGCUGCCCUGACUGCGGGAAGGGAUUCAGGAGGAACUCCCACCUCAUCACCCACCGGCGCAUCCACACCGGGGAGAGGCCCUACGAGUGUCCCCAGUGUGGGAAGAGCUUCUCACAGCGCUCUAACUUGACCCAACACCAACAGAGGCACCGGUAAGGGAAGCCCUGCGAGUGCCCCGAGUGCGGGAAGAGCUUCGUGCGCUGCUCCAGCUCCAUCCCCCACUGCAGGACCCAGGUUGGGCACAGCCCUGGUGACCCACAUUCCCUGUCAUCCAUGUUGGGAGCGCACCUGGCUGCUUUCCCUUUUGUUUUUGCCUUAAUUUUCUUGUGAUUCAUCUUUAUCCCUUAAAAAUAGCUAAAACAGGGUUAAAUGAAAGAAAUUGAUCAAAAAUAUCUGAAGUCCCACCAUUUCACAGGUGUUUGAGGGGGAAUUUAGGAUUUGGGGACACGUUCUGUGUGGAGUGCCCCUGUUGCUAAGAGGCAGGAGUUUGGUCUCACCCUUCUUGUGUUGCUGAUAACUCCUCCCUUGCCCCAAACCCUAACUCCACCCCGGGAUACCCUGUACAAACCCCACGGCCCUGCCUUUGCCCUGUCUCUCGGGGGUAAGAAAUGGAUUCUGGAGCGUUGUGAAACCAAGACCCGUCUCGUUUGUUCCUGGCAACGGCAGCUGCACCCUCCCUGGACACCAUGAACUCAGCUGCAACAGUUCUGGAGGCUUUGUGUGUUCUGGGGGGAUUUUGGGCAGUGUUCUCCAUCUCUUUGCAUUUCAGAAGCCAAGAGGGGUGGAUCUGUCACCUCAAAACCACUCAAUCCCACUGAAACAACUGAAUUUUAACCCAUAAAGGCUCAAUCCCACCUCAAAUUGCUCGUUCCCACCUGAAAAAACUCAAUCCCACACAAAGCUCACUCGAUUCCACAGCUGCCAGGGUGAGAUGGGGUUGGGAGGAGAUUGGGAGAAGUGGGAUCCCAGUUUGGGGCGGUGGGAUGGGGAUUGUGUGGGGCUGGCUGGGUGGGAUGUAUUGGAUGGCAAAUAAAACUUUCAGACUUACUGAUUUCUGUCCCCUUCAUUUUCAGUCAGUUCUGUUUGCAGUGCCACCUUCUCAGCUGAUUAAGUUCCUAUAAAAAUCCCUUUUUAAAAAUCAUCUAACCCAAACAACCCAAAAGCCAAUAUCCAAAUACAACCACCCAUCUGCAAUUAAUUUUUUUAAAAAUAAUUUUAAUUUUUUUAGAGUACUUAAGGGUGUUAUUAAAGUUUUAUUGUUUGAUUAAAAUGUAUGAGAAAUUAUAGUGGUGUUUGAUUUUGUGUUUAGUAUAUUUGUAAUAUGAAUUGUUUUAUAAGGUGUGUUAGAUUGUAUGUUAGUUUUUUUCGAUAUUUUUUAUCUAAAGUCUAUGAGUUACUGAGUUCAAACUUUCAAAAGGUAUUUCUUGGUAUAUAAUGUGU